AUGCCGACCAGCUGCACACCCUCUCCCCUGGAUAUCUGCCCCAGAAUGAGACUUCUGCACCCUGCGUUCUGCGGAGAGGUGAAGGUCACAGAGGCGAGAGGCCGGGCUGAGGCCAAUGCCCAGGGCCCCGAGGGCAGCGCUUCCUUCCCGCCCACCCAAGCCCAAAGGCCCCCCGUAGGCAGGACCAGGGUGCACACGCUGAGCCCUGGGGGUGGCACAGGGCUGUGCCCUCCACCUGCGACCACCGGCCUGGCCUUCCGGGCCCUUCCCGCCUCUUCCCUGCCCAGCACCCGGAACACACGCGGCUCAAGCAGUGCGGAAGCAGGAAGGCGGGACUCCAAGUGGAGGGAGGAGUCUGUGAGCGCCCACCCCAAGGAUCUAACACCUCUCUCACCAUCUCUUUGCCGCCCCCUGCCCCGCUCCUCGGCAGCCGUGGGCAUCCAGAUGAGGAUGGAGUUCCUGCAGCGCAGCUUCUGGGCCGCCACCCAGCAGUGUGGUGCCGCGGAGGGGCCGUGCCAGGAGAGCUGCCGGGACAGUGACCUGGACUGCUUCAUCGUUGACAACAAUGGGUUCAUCCUGAUCUCAGAGAGGCCCCAGGAGGUGGGCCGAUUCCUGGGGGAGGUGGAUGGUGCGCUCGUGACCCAGCUGCUCAGCAUGGGGGUGUUCAGCCAAGUGACCAUGUAUGACUACCAGGCCAUGUGCAGACCCCCGACCCACCACCACAGUGCCUCCCAGCCCCUGGUCAGCCCCAUCUCUGCCCUCCUGAAGGCUACCAGGUGGCUGGUGAAUGAGCUCCUGCUGCUCCUGCUGGAGUGGAGGGCCUGGGGCUCCUGGCGUGGGGACCACGGGGCCGAGGCCAAGACUGUCUUCCAUCAUUCCCACAAGCACAAGAAGCAGGACCUGCUGCAGCCCUGUGACACCGCCUACCCCGUGUUCGUCCACCAGACGGCCGUGCGGGAGGCCAACGGCACUGUGGAGUGCCGCGCCUGCCAGAAGUCGUUUGUGAUGCAGCAGGUCCCCAGCAGCAACCUCCUGCUCCUGGUGACCGACCGCAACUGUGACUGCAGCAUCUUCCCGCCAGUGCUGCGGGAGGCAGAGGAAGUCAAAUAUAUCCUCUGGGGCUCCAGUCUGGGGUGCAACAGGAUGCGUUCCCAGAAGCUCCGCCGGCGCCCGGACACCUGCCACGCCUUCCAUCCAGAGGAGAACGCCCAGGACUGCGGAGGUGCCUCAGACACCUCGGCCUCGCUACCCCUGCUCCUGCUGCCUCUGUGGGCAUGGGUGCUGCCGUCCCAGCUGCUGCGGUGA